CCCGGCCCCGCGGACCCCCCCGACCCCCAGCCCAGCAAGGUGGAGCGCUUCCUGAAGCUGGGCUACACCCACAGAGACAUCCACCGCGUGCUGCAGAGCCUGAAGCCCGACGCCCAGACCAACGACAUCCUGGAGGAGCUCAUCAAGACGUCCCCCCGGGCCGCGGCCCAGGCCGCCUCCCUCCCCGCCCCGGCCCCCAGCUCCACCCCCCGGCUGGUGGCCCGCGGCUGCAGCCUCACGGACCCCGGCCCCCGGGCCCCCAGCCCCAGGAAGACCCCGGCCAAGGCGCAUCCGGGUAGCGGGUUCAGGCCGGUGGUCAUCGAUGGGAGCAACGUAGCCAUGAGCCAUGGCAACAAGAAGGUGUUUUCCUGCCGUGGGCUGCAGCUGGCGGUGAUGUGGUUCUGGGGGCGGGGCCUGCGUGACAUCACCGUGUUCGUCCCCUUGUGGCGCAAGGAGCAGCCGCGCCAAGACACUCCCAUCACAGACCAGCACAUCCUGGAGGAGCUGGAGAGCCGGAGGAUCCUGGUGUUCACGCCGUCGCGACGCGUCAGCGGGCGGCGUGUGGCGUGCUAUGACGACCGCUACAUCGUGCGUCUGGCCGUGGAGUCGGACGGCAUCAUCGUCUCCAACGACAACUACCGUGACCUGCAGACGGAGAGCCCGCAGUGGAAGAGGUUCAUCGAGGAGAGGCUGCUCAUGUACACCUUCGCCAACGACAAGUUCAUGCCCCCAGACGAUCCCCUGGGGCGUAGCGGUCCGACCAUCGACAGCUUCCUGCGAAACGCGCCCUGGGAACAGGAAGUCAAGCAGCAGCACUGCCCCUACGGUAAGAAGUGUACUUACGGGAGCAAAUGCAAGUUCUACCACCCUGAACGAGCCAACCAAUCACAGCUCUCGGUGGCUGACGAGCUGCGAGCCAUGGGCAGGCCGACGCCCAUCCACCAAACGCCCGCCCAGCUCGAGGUGGAACUCACCUCUCUGUACCCCCCCUCCUCUCCGGCGAGGAGAGACCACGCCCCCACCAGGGCCGGUCAGACCUGGGGCCCCCCGUCCUCCCUGGACCAGGCCCUCGGCUCCAUGGAGGGCUCUGUGUCGGAGCCGCGCCUCCGGUCCACCGACGGCCUCUCCAGCGGCUACUCCAGCGGCUACUCUGGGUCCUCUGGUUUCCACAGCGAACCCUGGGGGGGCGGGGUCUGGGGCAGCCUGCCUCUGGCCCCGCCCCCCAGGGGGAGCAGCAUGUCAGGGGGCGGGGUCACAGAGGAGAGGCGGACCCUGAGCAGUCAGCUGAGCGCCCUGUUCCCUCCUCGCACCGUCCAAGAGAUCAUGGACACCCACCCCCACGUGGCGGACAUGUCCCAGCUCAUCUCCCUCAUACAGAGGACCACCCCCCUGUCCUAGCCCUUCAGCUAGCUAGCCCUAGCUCUAUCUUAACUUAACCCCUAGCUCUAUCUUAACUUAACCCCAAACCCCUAGCUGUAUCCUAACCCUAACUUAACCCCAAAUCCUAGCUCUAUCCUAACCCUAACUCAACCCCAAACACUAGCUCUAUCUUAACCUAACUAUCCUAACCCUAACUUAACCCUGAAUCCCAGCUCUAACUUAACCUUUAACCCUAGCUCUAGCCCAACCAAGGGCUAUGUAUCCUUAAUGAGGAGCAUGCCAUGUUGAACCAGGGCCCUGUGUUUAUCUUCUCAGCAUUAAAGCUGUUCCUCGGGUCAGAGUUAAGACCUGACCAGGUUGUAAAUGUGCAAUGCACUUCUCUAUUGCUGGAUUGCCAGCGCUGACUAACAGCAUACUGUUGUGUCCCAGUUGCCUCAAAAUGAGGAAACUUAUUUUGUUAAGAUUUAUGGUUCCGAAGAGAACGUUUCCUUCCUCCUAGCUGUGAAUACCACCGUGCCUUUAUCUCAGACCGUGUUUUACAAUGUGUGGAAUAAAACUUUUUAUACCUGAUCAUGUGCUUUGCUUAUAGUUUUGUCCAAACAACUUAAACUAAACGUAACCUAGUUAGCUAAUUAAAGCUAAACCUAACCACACCUAACCUUGCUAACUUUAAACCUAAACUUAACCAAACCAAGCUAAUUGUAUACCUAAACUUAACCAAACCCUAGCCGACAGUAUACCUACACUUCACCAAGCACUUGUUAAACAUCUACCUUAACUUAGCAAAACCCUGGCUCACUGUACCACUCAACUUAACUAAACCCUAGCUAACUUUAAACCUAAAUUUAACCAAACCAAGCUAACUGUAUACCUAAACUUAACCAAACCUACAUAACGUUCUACAUAAACUUACCUUAACUUAGCAAAACCCUGGCUCACUGUACCACUCAACUUAACUAAACCCUAGCUGACUUUCUACCUAAACUUAACCAAACCAAGCUAACUGUAUUCCUUAACUUACUCAAAAAGCGUUUGCUUCCCUCUGCAUGCUGCUGGAAGCAGCUAUCUGUAGACUCGAUUAUCUCAUAUAUAUCCCAUAACACAUCUAAUGCGUCAUGGGAAUAUUCCCCAGGAUACAUCUUUUACCCAUUGAAAACGGCAGAUCAGAUCUGGAACAGCUCGGCAGAUUAACUGAAGUCCUGCAGGUGCCUCUCCGAUGAGUUCAAGAGAGCAAACCAAGCAGGUGGCGCCAUCUGGCGGCUGACAGAGCCUUCGGCUUCCAACACCAUUGAAGACUUUUCCAGAAUAGAUUUUUUUAAUUAUUUUUACAAAUAACUUAUCUGUUACAAAGACAGUUUUCCCAGCUAAAAUCAAAAAAAACACUUUAGAUAUCCAAAUAAUUUGUUUUUCCACGUAAUAAAACAAACUCCUGCUUAGAAACAGGAGUCCCACUUUGUACGAUUUCAGUUGGUUUUGUUUUAAGGCACUGAUUGGUGAGAGCGAAGACCCAGGCACUAAUGCACGGCUUUUUUUUUUUCACAAAAUGUGGGAAAACUUCACAAAAAUAAUCAUGACACAGUUUCUGGAACUGAUUGGCAAUAAGAAAACGUUUGAAAUCGUCACCAAGAAAGCAGACAGGAAGGAGGAAGCGACCUGAUAAAGAUGGCGGCCCCGGCGCGUCCGUAGUGUCAGGUGACGUCGACGCCCGGACCGCAGGAACACUUCAAAUAUUCGAACGUCCACGCUUUUAUUUUGAAAAACCGAUUCAGACGGUCUAAGGCGGUUUUGUAAAGUCCGGAGGAGGCCGAUGGCGCCCGAUGGGGUCAGCCAAUCGGGCGUCUCCCCCCCAAAGUCAGAGUGAUUCCGUGUGGCGAUGUCGUCCCGUCGCGACUCAAACCUUUAUUGAUUCAAACCUUUAUUCCAGUUGUCACAACAACGCACCGAGGUCAACUGAGGUCAACUGAGGUGAGCGAGGGGGGGCUGGCUUGAUGUUCGGUAAACAAGACCGAGGCCACACCCCUGGACCCGGGGGCGGGCCCAGGGGGGCGUGGCUUCGUGACGACGAGGGUUCCGUCCGUUAGAGAGGCGGUCAGAGUAAGAGACAGGAAGAGGAAGUCUAUAACGCUAUACUUACAGGAAGGAGG